AUGGCCUCGUCAGAGUUGCAGGGGAAGUACCAGAAGCUGGCUCAAGAGUACUCGAAGCUUCGGGCUCAGAAUCAGGUCCUGAAAAAAGGAGUUGUGGAUGAACAAGCAAAUUCUGCUGCUUUAAAGGAACAACUGAAAAUGAAGGAUCAGUCAUUGAGAAAACUACAACAGGAAAUGGACAGUUUGACAUUUCGAAAUCUGCAGCUUGCCAAGAGGGUAGAACUGCUACAAGAUGAACUGUCUCUAAGUGAACCACGAGGCAAGAAAAACAAGAAAAGUGGAGAAUCUUCCUCUCAGUUGAGUCAAGAGCAGAAGAGUGUCUUUGAUGAAGAUCUGCAAAAGAAGAUAGAAGAGAAUGAACGUUUGCAUAUACAAUUUUUUGAAGCUGACGAGCAACAUAAGCAUGUGGAGGCAGAGCUGAGGAGUCGACUGGCCACGCUGGAGAUGGAAGCCACCCAGCACCAAGCAGUAGUCGAUGGCCUAACACGGAAGUACAUGGAAACCAUUGAGAAACUGCAGAAUGACAAGGCUAAACUAGAAGUAAAAUCUCAGGCCCUAGAAAAGGAGGCCAAGGAAUGUCGACUUCGAACGGAAGAAUGUCAAUUGCAGUUAAAGAAUCUUCAUGAAGAUUUGUCAGGUAGAUUAGAGGAAUCCUUAUCAAUCAUCAAUGAAAAAGUACCUUUUAAUGAUACAAAAUAUAGUCAAUAUAAUGCACUGAACGUUCCACUCCACAAUAGGCGACAUCAGCUGAAGAUGCGGGAUAUUGCCGGGCAGGCCCUGGCUUUUGUUCAAGAUCUUGUGAAGGCUCUUCUGAACUUUCACACCUAUACAGAACAGAGGAUUCAGAUUUUUCCUGUUGAUUCUGCCAUUGACACUAUAUCACCAUUGAAUCAGAAGUUCUCACAAUACCUUCAUGAAAAUGCAUCCUAUGUUCGCCCUCUGGAGGAAGGAAUGCUUCAUUUAUUUGAAAGUAUUACUGAGGAUACUGUGACUGUCCUGGAAACGACUGUGAAAUUGAAAACUUUUUCAGAAUAUUUAACCUCCUACAUAUGUUUUCUUAGAAAGAUUCUUCCUUAUCAGUUAAAAAGUUUAGAAGAAGAAUGUGAGUCUUCUCUUUGUACAUCUGCAUUGAGAGCCAGGAACCUAGAGCUGUCUCAGGAUAUGAAAAAGAUGACAGCAGUGUUUGAGAAGCUCCAGACUUACGUUGCUCUUCUUGCCUUGCCUAGUACAGAGCCUGAUGGACUCCUUCGGACAAACUACAGUUGUGUUCUAACCAGCGUUGGUGCCGCCCUGCAUGGAUUUCAUGAUGUCAUGAAAGAUAUUUCCAAACACUAUAACCAAAAAGCUACAAUAGAGCAUGAACUUCCAACAGCAACACAGAAGCUAGUAACAACUAAUGACUGUAUUCUGUCAUCAGUAGUGGCAUUAACAAAUGGAGCAGGAAAGAUUGCAUCUUUCUUCAGCAACAAUGUGGACUACUUCAUUGCUUCACUGAGCUAUGGGCCUAAGGCAGCGAGUGGAUUCAUUAAUCCUCUUUCCGCUGAAUGCAUGCUGCAGUACAAGAAAAAGGCUGCUGCCUAUAUGAAGGCUUUGAAAAAGCCCCUCUUAGAGUCUGUGCCUUAUGAAGAAGCACUCGCAAACCGCCGAGUCCUUCUGAGUUCUACUGAAAGUCGAGAAGGCCUUACACAACAGGUUCAGCAAAGUUUGGAAAAGAUUUCUAAACUGGAGCAAGAAAAAGAACACUGGAUGUUAGAAGCACAAUUAGCCAAAAUCAAGCUAGAGAAAGAAAACCAGCGAAUUGCAGAUAAGCUAAAGAGUACAGGUAAUGGACAGCUGGUCGGGCUGCCUCAGGAAAGCGCUGCUGUGUUGAACGCUCCAUGCCAGGAAGAAGCUGCAGCCAAGACUGUGCCAGAGCCUAUUCAGAACACCACUCUGUGCCGAGCACUCUCUAAGAGGCUGGCCUUGGCUGAAAAGUCCAAAGAGGCGUUGACAGAAGAGAUGAAACUGGCCAGUCAGAAUGUCAGCAGACUUCAGGAUGAGCUGACAACUACCAAGAGGAGUUAUGAGGAUCAGUUAAGUAUGAUGAGUGACCACCUGUGCAGCAUGAACGAGACGUUAUCCAAGCAGAGAGAAGAGAUCGACACGCUGAAAAUGUCCAGCAAGGGAAAUUCUAAAAAGAACAAGAGCCGAUAG